AUGCCGCAGGAGGGUUGCCUUGGACUUUUGUCUGUUGAAUUGUGCGAAAACGACCUCGGCUCACCGUCUUACGACCCCGACCACUCAGUGCUGAUCUUUCGUCCGUCCUGCGACCGACAUUCAAAUGUCGUCUGCCUAUCGAUGCCGGUCUGCCAGACCCCAAAACACUCCAGACAAUACUCUUACAGAGCCCAAUCGGGUGACUCGUCUGCCCUGUCGCCAGGCCAAGGGUGCUUUCUGUACCGGGCUCUAUCACACGAAUGGGUCACUAGACACAACCUUUCUGUUCUCUGCAAAGCCUCUGCCAAGUGCAUGUCGAGCCGUGAAGAGGGUUGGGGACGUAGGCACGACCUGUCGCCCCUGCCGCUGCCGGUGCUGUACCAGUCGAGCCGGUGGCAGCGCUAG